CACUUCUUACUUAGUCACUUUCUCUGACUCGGUGACUCACCCAAUUUAAGCUGAGUCUUUUCUUCAUCUUCUCCUUCAUCCCAUUCUGCUCCUGCUUACUUGUAGAGAGAGAAAGAGCCCCAAAAACACUUUAUUGGAACAUCUACCUUUUUACUCUCUCUUCUCUGUGCGACUCAAACCACUUCAAUUACUUACUACUUGUCUCAGUCAACUGUAAUAGCCCAACACUUUGAGUUUUGUUGUUUUCUGCUUUGAUGUUGAAAGAGCUGUGAGAAACUAAACAAUGAGUUUCAUGUAGAGAGCGAGAGAGAGAGUGUGUGUGUGUGAAGAAAGUGAAUCUCUCACAUGGGUUGUUUACAGUCCAAGACCACUCACCUCCAUUCCCCAGAUAACCCCACUACUCAGCCCGACCCAGCUGAUGAGAAUCAAGUUGAGGAAGAGGAUCGAACUCCGGUGUUUAAAGAGUAUGGUCUGAGCGAGCUUCGAAAGGCCACAAAUGGGUUCAGCACUGACUAUAUUGUCUCCGAGAGUGGUGAGAAAGCUCCCAAUGUGGUCUACAGAGGGAAGCUUCAGAAUAAUCGCCUAGUAGCUGUUAAACGCUUCUCCAAGCAGUCAUGGCCCGAUGCUCAGCAGUUCGUGGCUGAGGCAGCAGGAGUGGGGAAGGUGAGGCAUAUGAGAUUAGUGAAUUUGAUUGGUUGCUGUGCUGAAGGGGAUGAGCGACUCUUGGUAGCUGAGUACAUGCCCAAUGAUACUUUGUCCAAGCAUCUCUUCCAUUGGGACAAACAGCCAUUGUCAUGGGAAAUGCGAGUUAGAGUUGCUUACUUUAUUGCUCAGGCCCUUGACCAUUGCAAUGCUGAAAGCUGGAAGAUUUAUCAUGAUUUGAAUGCGUAUAGAGUACUCUUUGAUGAGGAUGGUGACCCUCGUUUGUCUAGUUUUGGCCUGAUGAAAAACAGUCGAGAUGGUAAAAGCUACAGUACUAACUUAGCUUAUACUCCACCUGAGUUUCUACGAACGGGCAGGGUCAUCCCAGAGAGUGUCAUCUACAGUUAUGGAACUGUUCUAUUGGACCUUUUGAGUGGGAAACAUAUUCCUCCAAGCCAUGCAUUGGACUUGAUAAGGGGUAAAAGUGUACUGUGUUUAAUAGAUUCAUCAUUGGAAGGGCAGUACGAGAAUGAUGAUGCGACUAAAUUGGUUGAACUUGCUUCAAAAUGUCUUCAGUCUGAGGCUAGGGACAGACCUGAUACUAAGUUUCUUCUCACAGCAGUGGCUCCACUUCAAAAACAGAAAGAGGUGGCUUCUCAUGUUUUAAUGGGCCUACCUAAAAAUAUGGUCGUGCUUCCCACUAUGUUAUCUCCCCUUGGGAAGGCUUGUGCAAGGAUGGAUCUUACUGCCGUUCAUGAUAUUUUGCUUAAAACAGGCUAUAAGGAUGAAGAGGGAGCAGAAAAUGAGCUUUCGUUCCAAGAAUGGACGCAGCAAGUGCAAGAUAUGCUGAACACCAAGAAGUUUGGGGAUAUUGCAUUCAGGGACAAGGAUUUUAAGAGUGCAAUCGAGUAUUAUUCAAAGUUAGUUGCUAUGAUGGCUGCACCUUCAGCUACUGUCUUUGCAAGAAGAGCUUUCUCCUACCUGAUGAACGAUCAAGCAGAACUUGCCUUGAGAGAUGCCAUGCAAGCUCAAGUGUGCAUACCCGAGUGGCCAACCGCAUUCUACUUGCAGGCCCUGGCACUAUCGAAGCUUGGAAUGGAGACUGAUGCUCAGGACAUGCUCAACGACGGAGCAGCCUUCGAAACGAAGAGGCAGAACAGCUGGCGCAGCUAAACUCAAGUCUUGUGAACCAAUAUUAGGGGUGUUGAAAAUUGUCAUCAAUUUGUGGAAAGUUACCCAUUCAAAUUAAAAACCAAACUAAAGCCGCUCAAUUUUUCUAGAAAGUUGGUUGGUUUGGGAAACUUAUUUUGCUUUGUCAGUUUAAUUAGUGGUUUUGAAUUCUGACACUGAAACCCAUAAGGAAAAAUCGACAAAAAUAUCAUACACAUAUAUGUUUUCUUUUCCCCAUACCUUAUGUUGCUAUAGGAUUUAGACACUCGUUUAUACUU